AGGGAGUUGCAUGCUCAAACCACCCAUUAUCACCAGCAACGACAAUAACAACACAAAAGUGGCUGAAAACUUGAAUGAUUUGAAUAAUAAGGGGAAAAUGUCUGGUCAACAGAUUGAAUCCUUCUCACCUUGGCACGCUCAAACGUCGUCGUCAGCCGUUACAGGAACAUCAGAACUGUUUGGAUCCACGUAUGCGAUGUUGAGUGAUCAUUCUGUCUAUCCAGAACAAUGGUCUGGAAAGCAAUUAUCUCAAUCAGUUCUUUUCGAGCAACCCCAAAUUCAACCAUUGGUUGGUAAUUCCUAUGAUCCUCCAGUACGAUUUGAUCCACCAUAUGCUUACCGUGCCACUGCGACAGGUUACAUGCCAACAGUACCAGGGCUUUCUACAAAUUCAAGUCCAUAUUAUCCAAGGACAUCCGGUUAUGCCGCUGGCCAACAAUUUUAUGCUCCAUCUCUGUCCGGUGUACCAAAUACUCAACAGCUUAUAUUGGCUGCUCAAGUUGCACAAGCAAGUAAUGUACAACAACAAUUACAACAACAAGUUCUUCGACCUGAACCACUUCGACCGGCGACACAAAAAUCUACGAAUGGAGUGCAUAGAAGCACCAGUAACAGUAGCGCAGAAACAUUAAGGAAUAAUUCUGUUUCAGCUGCAACUGUUUCACCCUCAGACGAUAAUUCUCUGAAUAGUCCCGCUUUGACGUCAUCUGGAUCCGCUGGCUCAGGAACUCCACCACUCGGGAUUGAUCUAAACAACACUGAUCUCGAAAGCGGUGACGAAGAACGCGUGAUGUGUAUGGCUUGUCGAGGUGUCUAUCCAUCACGUCGAAGUCUCACGGGGCACAUUGGACGAAAUGAGAAGUGUCGUGAAAUAAUUGGCAGAAACUAUUUAGAUGCCCUUGCGCAAGGUGUGAAUCCACCGAUCCCUGGUACUGAUGCAGCUAUCAAGUCUGGAGCAAUAACCACCGGAGCCGAUGGAAUGUCACCAGUUUGCCCGUUUUGUGAUCGAUUUAUUAGUCAUUACAAAGGAAACAUCAGAAGACAUAUAAAUCAGUGUCGAAAGAGUGCAGAGCCAAUGAAAAGGCAUCGAGUUGAAGCUCAUGAAAAACAAUCUCCAAAAAAGAAGGUAAAGAAGGAACAAAAUGAAAUGUAUCAACAUGAAUACAAUGAUCAUGAUUCUUCUUCAAUGAGUGGUGGAAUGAUGAAUUCACCAAAAAUUUCACCUCCAUCUUCCUCAUUCUAUGGAGCCAACUCUUCAGACUUGUGCUCUCCAGGAGAAUAUUCCAAUUCCGCAUACGAACCAUACCCGACACCAAUGCUCGAGAACACAGAAAGAACAUCAACAGAAACUGCAGUACUUCAAGAUGCCUAUAUCUGCGAAGAUUGUGAUUUUGUGACAGUGUACAAGGGAAACAUGAAACGUCAUUUAAACACGUGCCAUCCGCAGCCUGAAUUUAAAAGUUUGAAAGAAUGGGAUCAAAAGUUGGAAGGAAUGCGAGCUUCGAAUCUUGGAAUCAGUGGAGAUCGGCUACAGGAACGAUUGGCAGCUCAUAAAGCAAACUCCUCGAGAGGAAGGAAGCCACGAAAGAAGAAGGAAAACAACACAGAAGAGAGCGAAUCAAUUGAUUUCAAGAACAUUCUCAACUCGGAAACUGGUGCUCUUCUUGAAUCGUUAGCAUCCAGUUCAUCUUCAAUGGGAGGAUAUUCCAAUGGAAAUAACUUCCAACCACCACCUCCACCCCCACCAAUGCUUUUGUAAAUAUUCUCUAAAAUUUCUAUUAAAGGUUUUCAUCUAAAAUGCUCAAUUUUUAACUUUCCGUUUUAUCAACUAUUCAAUCUGUCAUCGUAUUCUGAUACAUUUUGACAAAGGCAACGAUUUUGUCUCGGUCCAUCAACAUAUCUCAUUCCACGUUUCAACUCCGUAUGCUCAUGACGUUUCUUUUGCCACGUCAUCUUUCAUCUCUUCUGUUCAUUUCUUGCUCUAAUCUUUCUCUCCCCCAACGAUGACCAGUGCCAUGUUUUGUGAUUAGCAACAAACCGUCUAGUUAGCUUCUCAGAGAUUUUUAUGUUUAGAAAACCCCCUACCAUUACCAAUUGUUUGUAUCUCUCGCUAGGUCCACACACAUUUCACAAAAUCCUCUUGUUUUCUCCCGGCUUAUUUCCUUGUUCCCUUUAUUCUUUCUUUCCUCUUCAAAUUUCUACUUUUUAUCUACUCAGGUGCUACUCUAAAUAUAUAAUUUUUGCCAACAUCCUUAUCCACAAAAUAGGAAACAAUUUUUCUAUUGAUUUGCCAUCAUUUUAUGAAAAGACUUUUAUUCUCAUUUUAAGAUGAACAAUUUUCUCAAA